CCCAGAAAAUAACCACGCCUACUUUUUUAAACAUGGCGGACAAUAAGGAAAGGCAAGCAAAUGAUUUGGAAGAAGAGAACGAGAAAGAAGCCAAAGCUUUGGUUGAGGACUUGUACCAGUUCAAUCGCUGCUAUUUUCAAACUCAUGAGAUAGAAGAUGCCACCAAAAAGGAUUCUGAUGUCAAAAAUAAAAUGGAGGAAACACUCAAGCUGCUAUCACUUAAAGAAGGUAAAAUACCACGCCCACUUUAUCAGUAUUUGCGUGGUAAAGCGUUGAAUGUUCUUCCCUCGCAUUCAAAAGAGGCCGAGGUUUUGCUGUCGCAGGCGGUAAAACAGAACCCACUCCUGGUUGAUGGUUGGAAUGCUCUAGGAGAGAGCUAUUGGAAGAUUGGUAAUGUAUCUCAGGCCCACCAUUGCUUCAGCGGAGCACUGAAUCAUGAACUUAAUAAAGAAUCUCUUAGGAACCUCUCCAUGGUGCUGCGCCAGCUUGGAAAUGAUGAAAAGGAGAAAAAGAAGAACAUAGCCGAGAGUUUGGAGAAAGCUAAGCAAGCUGUUUCUGUUGAUGUUAAAGAUGGGAUAUCAUGGAUGAUUUUAGGAAAUGCGUACCUAGCAAUGUUCUUCUCAGUUUCUGCUGACCCAAAGAUGCUACAACAAGCUACCUCAGCUUAUUCCCAAGCAGAGAAGGAUCCUAUUGCUUUAAAUAAUCCAGACUUACAUUUCAACAUGGCUACUUUACAGUUGUAUGAGGAGAAGUAUAAUGACGGACUUUAUCACUUGCAGCAAUCUGAAAGAUUUGACCCAGGCUGGCCUACACCGCAUCAAAAGCUGGCCUCUCUCAAGCGCUUCCUUCAAAACUUUAAUCGUUUGAUUGCGACCAAAGGAAAACUGAAGCCAAAGAGACUGGCCCAGCUGCAGCAGAAUGUAGCAGCUGCCAUUAACAAGGAGAACAAGGUCUGUAGCAUUAGAGAACUGAGGGAAGGAAAAGAGAGUGAGACUGAAGACGGUGGAGUAUUGAUAGCAGCUGUGGCUAGUUCUUUCACUACUGAUGAAAGAGUACCAAUUGCUUGUGUUAUCAUUGAUUCUGCUGGUGACAGUAUUGGUCUGACAUUAUACAACUUGAUACAUAACUAUCAGUUCGCGGUCGGUGACAUAUUAACAAUUCCAAAACCAACUCUUUCCCACAUUAGUAUUCCUGAACUGGAAGUUGAGUACGACAGCAUAAGAUGUGUCAAUCCUCAGACACUAAUGGUCAACUCUAACAAGAUAUCGUCUGAUAAACUGAGCAGUUCCGUGGUUCAGGUUACUGCUUUCUCUUAAAACCCUCUCCACUUAAUUGAGUGAUUUUAAAAUUUAUGUGGACUGUAUGCAGUUAUUAUUAUAAUCAUAUGAUGAUGAUGUUAAACUGAUGUUUGUGAUUAAAGUUUAGUUUCGUUUCCUUUUCCUUGA